ACCGUGUUGUUGCGGAAGUUCUCAGGGAACCCACCGCACUCUUCAGACCGUUCGUGUGAACCGUGAUUUCACUACUUUUUACUCCAUCUCCGUGUGUAUUUUCUUACUUAACGAACUUAACGUAUAUGUCAGCUUUGAAGUACGCGGGUAUGGACGACACGGACAGCGAAGACGAGUUACCCCCGGGAUGGGAGGAGAGGUCCACUAAGGAUGGAUGGGUUUAUUAUGCCAAUCAUGAUGAUAUGAAGACCCAAUGGGAGCAUCCCAAGACUGGAAAGAAAAAGCGUUGUGCUGGAGAUUUACCGUAUGGUUGGGAGCAAGAAACUGACGAAAAGGGACAGAUUGUUUAUGUGGAUCAUAUCAACAAGAGAAGCACAUACUUUGACCCGCGGCAGGCCUUCACGGUGGAGGAUGUGGUGGUGAAGCCCAAACGCUAUGAUGGAAACUCGUCUGCUCUGGAGAUCCUGCAGGGGCGUGACCUCUCCGACAAAGUGGUUGUCAUCACCGGAGGCAACGCUGGCAUCGGCUUUGAGACGGCCAGGUCCUUCGCUCUGCAUGGGGCCCAUGUGAUCUUGGCGUGUCGAAACCUGAUGCGGGGAAACAAGGCAGCCAGCCUCAUCCAGGACGAGUGGCACAAAGCCCGAGUGGAGGCCAUGAUGUGUGACCUGGCCUCACUUCGCAGUGUCCGAGAGUUUGCCCAGGCGUUCAAAGCCAAGAAAUUGCCCCUGCACAUCCUGGUGUGUAACGCGGGUGUGUGCUUCCAGCCUUGGAGCCUGACAGAGGAUGGUCUGGAGAGAACCUUCCAGGUCUGCCAUCUGGGCCACUUCCUUCUGGUGCAGUGCCUGGAGGAAGUGCUGCGGCACUCGGCUCCUGCACGCGUGGUUGUUGUGUCCUCGGAAUCACACAGGUUCACCUGUUUGAAUGACUCCUGCAGUAAACUUGACCUGGCCAUGCUCUCACCACCACAGAAGGACUACUGGUCCGUACUGGCCUACAACCGCGCCAAACUGUGCAACAUCCUGUUCAGUAAUGAGCUCCACCGGCGCCUGUCCCCCCAUGGAGUCACCUGUAACGCACUGCACCCUGGGAACAUCAUGUACACGGACCUCCACAGGAGCUGGUGGCUUAUGACCUUCUUCUUCACACUGGCCCGGCCCUUCACCAAGUCUAUGCAACAAGGAGCAGCCACCACCGUGUACCUCGCAGUGGCCCCGGAGCUGGAGGGCCUGGGAGGCAUGUACUUCAACAACUGCUUCCGGUGCCUGCCCUCCCUCGAGGCCCAGGACGAAGGGAGCGCGGUCAGCCUAUGGGAGCUGAGUGAGAGGCUGGUGUCUGAGCGGUGCAGGGGGGUACAGGCUCUGUGAGGGGGGCCAUAGGGCUAAACUAAAGACUGGGCAAAGUCUAUGUGUGGAUGGGUAACACGCUAUAAUACAAGGUGUCUACAAAGGAGGUGGUAGUUUACAAUGGAAGGGAUGGAUGGGUAGAAUAUUAGGACCAAAUAAGGGGAGGUAUUCACUUUUGUAACUUUCAGUCUUUUCGUUCCUAUUAAGUUGUAUUUAAAGCAACACUACUGAACUUUCAUGGACAUGUAAACUCAUUCACAUAUUUUAAACUAAGCUGGCUAACUAAUCUUAAGGGGGUUUCUAAACUUCACUCAGCAUUCGCCUAGCGUGUUUUAAUAAUUGUGUGUAACCUGAAGCCUGCGAAAUUAGAUUAUAUUUGGACGAUAAAUAUUUAAAAAAAAAAUGCAAAUUAUGCUUGGGGAGAAUACAUUUUCAAGAUGCUUUGAAACUUAGGCUUAUAACAUUGUUUUAAAAUACAGGACUAAUUUUAUGUAUUAAUACUACAGCUAAAAUGCCCUAUCGUUAGCAUUCCCUGACAAGCUAACAUCACAGUAGCAUAGCAUCCAGUUCUAUGUAAAGAAGCUACUGACCCUUUAAUGUUGGGGGAAUUUUAAAAUGAACUAAUUAAACUUAACAUCUCAGUUACAUAGUGUUGCUUUAAAUCAAUGAUUUGUCUAGCUAACAUAUGCAUCUGAUUUAGUGCACUGUAUAUGAUGUCUUCCCUUAGCUAUAGCGUACUUUGCUAAUUUCUUCAGUAUUGAAAAAUGCAUGGGCCAUAUUUUGCUAAAUUAUUCUCAGCACAUAAUAAAUAAAGAUUACUAAUGGUGGAUAUAUAAACACUAAAGGUAUGAUUUUAAGUCUAUGUACAGAAUUCUGCAAUAUGUUUAACAACUCUUUGCAAGGUCCCUAUGUCUCCUCUGUACAAUAUUUACAAAAUCACACAGGGGCGUGGACAUCAGGUUGUGUUUGCUAUGUUUCUAUGGAUUCAUUUACACUUGAGUUAGAGGUAAGAGUGUCCAUGUUGACAGAUGUGGAAGAAUCCGUGGUCAGUCCAUUGUUAGUGGUAUGAGUGUGGAGGUUGGGUCUCCCUGACGCUUGCAGUGGGAUUGUGCUUUGUGGCAGUCCGGGUGCCGCAGGUGGAGGUUCUGGUGAAAUCUGUGGAGACACAAAUGGAGAAUUUGUUUAAUAAAAUGAUUUUG